UAGUCAUUUUGAUCUUGAAUCAAUUAACCUGAUACCCAUCAACAUUGUAUAUCCUUUUGUAUUUUAACAUCUUUCUUAUUUAAAUAGGUUUCCAUCUCAGGGUCGAUUGCGCAGAUAAAAUUCUUUUCGGUGAUUCCCAGUAAUUUUAUUCUUUGAUAAUUUAAGGGUCAAGAUGUUCGCUUACGGAUGGGGACAGGGAUGGAAUCUCACCAUAUUAUCAUCCUGUCUAUGUGCUGCUGGGUGUUUUGUAAUAUUUAUUGAUGAUUUGUAUGCGUUGAUAUUUCCUAAAAGUAUUACGUCCCGGUUUAAACUUGAAUUAAAGCAAAAUUUCACCUUUUUGAAUGGACUGUUAGGAUUUAGUGCUGGAUGCCUUUUAUUCACCUCUCUAUUCAGAUUAUUACCAGAGGCUUCGGAAUACAUUCACAAUUCGGUGAAAAAAGUUAAUGGAGAAAUUGAAAAAUCGUUGAAUGAAAAAUUAAUCAUUUCCUACAUCGUUGGAAUUCUGAUUUGCUUAGGGUUUAACCAUUUGUUGCAUUUGAUCACCAGUGAAAGUGUUGUACAUUGCAGCCACGAUGAUAGUGAGUCGGGCCAUAAUCAUGAGGAACAUGAACAUCAUACCCACGAGGAACAUGACGAUGAUGAGGAAAAUGAAGUUGCUAAUGAAACAUCACCUUUGAUUCACCAACCGCACGCGAUUAUGGGCCGUAAGACAUCAACCAAGUCGUUGAUUCAUCUUUUGACUCCUUCCGGUCAGGAGGUUGGCGAAUGUAAGGGGUAUUCGUCGGCGGAGCUAUGCUUAUAUCAACACGAUUUAAAUGAAGAUGAAAACCAAGGGGAAGCACAAGAGACAGAAUCAAGUUUACAUUACUGUGAAAUCCCAUCGUUACAUGAAUCUAUCCACCACGGUAGAACCAGUACCGAUCACCAUAAGCACAGUCAUGACCACCAUAAGCACAGUCAUGAUCACCGUAAACACAGUCAUGAUAGCAGUCAUGCUAAUCCAUUGGAUGAAAACCAUUCUCAACACAAACAUGAUCACCACCACCAUAUAAGUUCACCUUUAUCUAGGUUGUUGCUUAUUGGUAUCCAAACAACUUUGGCAAUCACCUUGCAUAAGUUCCCAGAAGGGUUUAUCACGUUCAUUACUUCUGAAACCAAUCCUGAAUUAGGAAUUUCAAUCUUCAUCAGUUUACUAUUCCAUAAUUUCACUGAGGGUUUCUCGAUGUGCCUACCAUUAUUUUACCUGUUCACGCAAUCAAGUAAUAAGAAGUACGCCAAGUUGAAAGCCGUGGUUAUAAGCUCGUUAUUAGGUGGGUUAUCCCAGCCUUUAGGUGCUUUGGCUGGUUGGUUCUUUUUAACUUUCUACGGCAAUCAGGACAAAAUUGAUCUUCUUCAAUUAAAUUUGAUUUUUGGUAUCACCCUAGCCAUCACCAGUGGCUUUUUGAGCGUGGUUGGCUUGUCCAUGUACGGUUCAGCCGUUUCCUUCAGUGGGUCUCUGAACUUUGUCAUGGUAUGGUGUCUAUUGGGGAUGUCUUUGAUUGGUUUGCUGACCAUCGUCUCUUACGAGUAGCGCUGUUAACCACUCGUCUACCCGUCUACCUAUUCGUCUACCCGUCUACAUGUACAUUUACCUAUAUAUCUAUAUAUACCACCAUAUACAACCAUAUACCUGCAACCCAGUAAGACCAGUUGCAAAUCGGCCCUGAAGAAUGUACGGGUGUAACACCGCUUUGGUGUACGGAUGCUCGUGGUGUACGGAUGCUCGUGAUAUUGAACGAUGACCCAAUCAAAAAAGAAAGGGCGAAAAAAAACGCUAAGCUGUUUGUACUGGAGAAUACCAUCAACUCAUUACUCCUUACUUUAUAUAUUGUUUGUUAGAUUUAUACAUCUGUUUCCAGUUACAUAGGUAUUAGAUACUUUACUUGCCUG